GUAACUUUGUUUUCGCAGCUUAAACAACAAAACUGACUGCUCUUGCCCCCGCAGUCUUAACUCCUUGCAGACUUUGCCAUGGGGUGCGGGCUUAGGAAGCUGGAAGACCCUGAUGAAAGCAGCCCUGGAAAAAUAUUUUCUACCCUGAAGAGACCGCAAGUGGAAACAAAGACAGAAUUUGCUUAUGAAUAUGCACUGCUGGAUUUUACUUUACAAGGUUCAACAAAUCCAGAAGUCAUCAAGAUAAAUUCAGUCCUGGACAUAGUUGCCAAAGUGGAAGACUAUUAUCUUAAGGGCUAUGUUGUUGGGGCCAUUCACCCUGUUAUACAGCCUGUGGGGCAGCGGAAGCACCUCCCAGCAAGUCAUCUGUACAGGGCGGUGCUAUCCCGAGUGAAGCUAAGCUCCAAACAUUCUGCGGCAGGCGGACAAAGGCGCGCCAGGCUUGUGAUAGAGGAGUGCCCGCUAACGUGUGAGAUGCAAGGGAACGACUCUGCAAAGGAACUCAUAGACAAGGUUAAUGCUGCUGCUAAGAGAGGGAUGAGAUUUGUCGGGUUUAUACCGCAGCACUGCUCGCCAUCUAAGCACUGCAAUGGUGCCAGCCAGGAUGGAGCUGCCGAGUGUGAACUGCACAAGAGACAGGGUUCACAAGACAACGGCAAAAGCUGGAACGACGGCACCUUGUGGGAGAGUGGAGUGGAGGAGGAACCUCAGCCUGAAAGUGGACAGCAUCAGACUGAGGGAAACAGCAGCCUCCGCUACUCUGACCCAAAGCGGGGAGAAGCCCCAGAUAAUAAGGUGUAUAUGGUCUUCAAUGCUUUUGAAGAGGACUCGGCCUGCUGGACCUAUCAGGAAGGCGUCCUGUCCAUGAAAGUGACGAGGAAGGGAGCUGUCAUCAGCACGCUGGACGCCAACUGGCUAGAACUAACCACAUUUUAUUACAAGCAAGGCUUCUCUUUAGUUGACUCUUUUGUGUGCUGGGAGACACCUAAAGGGGACCAGUUACCUAAAUCUUUGGAAGGCUUUUUUAUCUAUGAAGAAGAAGGGUCUGGAGUCCCAGGCUCUAACAGGAGAGGAAAUGACGCCAUUGUAGUAGAACAGUGGACAGUCAUUGAGGGCUGUGAAAUCAAGACUGAUUAUGGCCCCCUGCUGCAUACGCUGGCUGAAUUUGGAUGGCUCCUGACAAGCGUGUUGCCCACACCUAUAUUGAGACACGACAGUGAAGGGAACUUGGCUACCAAGCAGGUCGUGUUUCUCCAAAGGCCAGUGACGUGGAACUCAGCUGCUCAGACCCCGGAAAGGAAAGGCAGCCGGCUGCUGAGGGGCGAAGACAGAAACAAGGUCGGCAGCAGGAGCACUGGCCUCGACACAAGCGAGUGCCAACCCGCAGGAGGCCGAGCCCCUCUUGAGGAGGGUCCCCUCUCUCCCUCCAGAGAGUGUUGGACCAAGGAAGAGCGGCCCACACAGAGCGACAGCUUCUCCGGGUUCAGUGGCAGCGACAGUGUCCUCCGGGAGCUAGAUGAUGGACAGUUUGACCAGGAAGAGGGCGUGACACAGGUCACUUGCAUGUGAGUUGCCAGGUGACCCCACAGAAGGCCUUGUAAAUAGUUAUUAAAACGACUGCCACCUGACUUUAUUUCAACACUAUCUUCAUUUAUGUAAUGUUUUUUCAUUUCCAGGCUCAGCCUUCCCCUAAUCUAUGUACACUUUGUCUCAACCUCUGAGACAAGGAAGAAUAACCAACUAUUUAUCAAUAUAAAAGCUUACCCUCCUCUCGACUGUGUGAACAGAUGUCUCAUCUGGUCAUUAUGCCACAACCUGGUUCACUUCCCCACAAACGGACAAAAAUCAGUAUUUCUCAUCAGGCUAUUAAAAAGGCUGACUAUCCAAAUCAUUUCAACCAAUUAGAGCCUUCCCAGGAAGCUACAGCCUCAAUUAAACUAAAAAAUAUUCCUUC